CUCUGUUCUAACCCUCAUCCUCCUUUUGCGUACUUGUGCUACUGCCAUCGAAUCUCUCGUCAACACUAUUUUUCGCCCGUCCCUGCUAUGUAACAUGAUGACUCGUUGAUCUCGGGUAAACAAUUUAUUUUAACAGCGCCCUAAGCGAGUCCCCUUGUGUCCACAAGUUAGUAAACAGGAUCAGAUGAUCAGAUAACCGGCAGGCUGCAGGGAGUGAGGGAGGUCAGCUGAUGCCAGCACUUGACAGUCAGGUUCCUCCUCAAGACGACUCUGUCGGCUUCCACCGUCUGGUUUCAAGAGACUCACCUGCGUAUUUAUUUUCACGACUCUCCCCAAAGAGAACUUUUUCACCUCAUCUACGUUUUUGUCCCACAUUUUGCAAGUGGAGGGAAAAAGUUUACAGCUUUGUGACCUGAUUAAAUGAUGGGAGCGGGUCAGGUGCUGGUUCUUGUUGUCUGGUCUUUUCUUCUGGCAACCUGCGUCCACAGCAGGACGGCUGAAGAAUGGAAGUCAAGGAUUAUCUAUCAGUUACUGACAGACCGCUUUUCACCAAGUGGCGCAGCUCCUAGCCAGCCGUGCACAGACCUCAGGAACUACUGUGGCGGAACGUUCCGGGGCGUAGCACAGCAUCUGGACUACAUUCAAGGCUUGGGCGCCAACGCCAUCUGGAUUUCGCCAUUUGUGGAAAACAACCCCACCGAUUACCAUGGCUACGCUGCGAAAAACAUCUACGCCGUGAACCCGAAAUGUUUGGCACCAAGCAGGACCUGCUGGACUUGAUACGGGACUGUCACCAGCGGGACAUCUGGGUGAUGAUGGAUGUGGUAGCAAAUCACAUGGGUAUUGCCCCUGGUGACCCUGAAGACCUGUCAGGUUUCGUUCCUUUCAACGAAAGUUGGCAUUACCACACCCACUGUCUGAUCCAAGACUUCAUGAACCAGACGGAGGUAGAGUUGUGCCGCUUGUUUAACCUGAUGGACCUGAACCAGACAGAGCCAUGGGUACGCCGCACUCUCUUGAACUGGAUCGCCGACAUCACGCGCGAGUAUGGCUUCGAUGGCUACCGCAUAGAUACGGCUGUGGAGGUAGAAAAGUCCUUCUGGUCCGAGUUCUGGGCCAGCAGCGGGGUGUUCAUGCUGGGGGAGGCCAACAACGGCGACCGCACGUGCUACACCGGCGGGUACCAGGGUCCUCUGCCCUCUGUUCUUAACUUCCCUCUGUACUGGGCCAUGAGGAGAGCUUUCAACGAGCGACAACCCAUGACGGAAAUCUCAAAGUCCCUGGAAGCACAAGCAGCCUGCUUCUCGGACUUGACGGUUUUGGGGCUGUUUGCUGACAACCACGACUUUCCACGCUUUUUAAACCUGUCCUACGAUACCACUCUUCUGUCCAAUGCCAUCACAUACGUCUUGUUUGGCGAGGGCAUUCCAUUAUUUACUACGGCACAGAGCAGGAAUACCACGGCGGCAACGACCCCUACUGCAGAGAACCCCUCUGGCCAAACUACAACACUAACUCUCAGAUGUACAAGUUCAUCAGCACCUUGACGCACGCACGGAAGACAGCCCGCGUGGAUCCUGACGGCAAAGAAUCAGCGUCAGAUUUUUGUCGAUCGUGACUUGCUUCUGUUCUCGCGAGGAGAAGGAUCGGAGCUGCUGGUGGCGGUGACAAACGUAGGCAGGGGCGUGUCCUUGAGGAAGUCGCUGAGCCGUUUGGCAGUACAAGAUGGAGAUUACAUCAGCGCUUUUGACAGCAAGGUCCGCCUGAGCAUCAGGGGCGAGUCUUGUGAAAUGGUUUUAAGCGAUGGAAUGCCGCAGGUCUUCGUUAAGGACACUUCUCUAGUCGGAUGACUGAUUUCUGGGCUUCUGGUUC